AUGGCAGUAGAUGACAAUAAACCCAACGAGGUUAAUGCCUCCGGGCAUGCCCAGGAGCUCGAUCGUCAAUUUGGCCUGUUGAGUAUCUCUGCCGUUGGAAUCGUCACGGGAUGUUCAUGGGCACUGAUGGGUGGCACUAUUGUAACAUCAGUGCUGAACGGCGGUCCGCCGGGAAUUCUCUAUGAAUUCAUUGCGGUUUCUGUAAUGUACUGCUUUGUUGCUGCAUCAAUCGCAGAGCUAGCAUCCGCCAUGCCGUCGUCGGCAGGAGUCUAUCAGUGGUCGGCGAUGGUGUCAGGUACACGCUACGGACCGAUGGUAAGCUUCUAUGCAGGCUGGUGGAAUACACUUGCCUGGAUCUUUGCGACGGUGUCGAGCGGCUCGGUAGUUGCUCAGCAGGCGGUGCAGAUGUAUGCUCUUUUCCAUCCCGAGUAUACCUUUCAGCGAUGGCAUGUAUUUGUCACUUAUAUUGCGGUGACGUGGAUGUGCUGCUUUGUGGUCGCUUAUGCAAACAGGGCCUUGCCAUGGAUCAAUCAUGUUGGUCUUUUUUUUAUUAUUGCAGGGGUACUCAUCUCUAUCUUGGUCUGUGCCAUCAUGCCCAGUCGUCAUGCUAGCAAUGCCUUUGUUUGGCGGGACUGGGAGAACGAAACAGGAUACUCUAGUAACGGGAUGGUGUUUGUCAUGGGUAUGCUGAAUGGUGCCUAUGCGAUGGGUACGCCGGACUGUGCAUCGCACCUGGCUGAGGAGAUUCCAAGGCCGAACGUCAACGUCCCGAAAGCAAUCGCUGCACAGAUCAUUAUCGGAUUUUUAUCGACUUUCCUCUAUCUCCUAGCGCUGCUAUAUGCCAUUUCAGACAUCAACGCAGUAGUUGAGAGUUCUUUCAACUUCCCCCUAGCUCAGAUAUACCUACAAGCAACAGGGUCUCAAGCUGGUGCUCUUGGACUGCUUAUUGUCAUCUUCCUUCCAUCCCUCUGUGCCUGUGUUGCGGCGUAUAUCACGGCCGGUCGAGUGCUCUGGACGCUGGGACGAGACGGCGCGACUCCUUUCAGCAAGAUUGUCGGCAAAAUCGAUACUAGGCAGAAGAAUCCGCUGAACUCUACUAUCAUUUGUGGCAUUAUAAGCACUGCAUUUGGCGGGAUUUAUAUGGGCUCGGAAACUGCUUUCAACGCCUUCGUCGGCAGUUUCGUUAUCCUCAUGUCUUUAUCCUACAUUGCAGCUUUGGGACCACACCUAUUCCAGCGGCGUCACACUGUCAUGCGAGGCCCGUUUUGGAUCAAAGGCACGGCGGGCUAUGUCGUUGGCGGGAUUAGCUGCGCAUAUCUGAUUGUAUUCAUCGUUAUCUUCUGUUUUCCGUAUACCAUGCCGACUAGCGCGACGUCCAUGAACUAUUCCAGUGCGAUUACCGGUGGUAUCACUAUUUUGGUAACCGGGUGGUGGUUAUGGAAGCGCAAGACAGACUAUGUCGGGCCCCAGAUGGUCGUUAUGAAUCCGGUUGUGCCUGAUAAUCGGCCAGGGAGUAUGGAAAUCGACGCUCAUGAUGUGUUCGAUGGCAGUGUAGUGAAGAAAUGA